UUCAUUUAACAUCUCAAAUAUUAUUGAAAACAAAUGCUACGCAACGUUGUUGUGGGCAUGUCGGGGGGCGUGGACAGUGCUGUGAGCGCCCACCUGCUGAAGGAGCGCGGUCACCGCGUGCUGGGCGUCUUCAUGCGCAACUGGGACGAGCACGACGAGGCGGGCCGCUGCAGCGGCGAGCAGGAUCUGAAGGACGCAGAAUGGGCGAGCCAGCGGCUAGGGAUCGAGCUGAGGCAGGUGAAUUACGUGAAGGAGUACUGGACGGCGGUGUUCAGCGCCUUCCUGGACGACUACCAGCAGGGGCUGACGCCCAAUCCGGACAUCCUCUGCAACCGACACAUCAAGUUCGACCUGUUCCAUCGGCAUGCGCUGGAGCGACUCGGCUUCGAUGCCGUGGCCACCGGCCACUAUGCUCGCAACAGUCUGGGCAACUUUCUGGAACAUCGGGCGGGCGGCGGGGAGGCACGUCUGCUCAUACCGGCUGACACCUUCAAGGAUCAGACCUUCUUCUUGGCGGGGAUACAGCGGCAGGCCCUACAGCGCACCAUGUUUCCCCUGGGCGAUCUGGCCAAGAGCCAGGUGAAGCACUUGGCCCGACGAAUCGGCCUCCAGCGCCUGGCCCACAAGCGGGAGAGCACCGGCAUCUGCUUUGUGGGCAAGCGCGACUUCAAGUCCUUCAUCCGCGAGUACAUCGCCUCGAGGAGCGGCCAGUUCGUGGACACAGACACUGGAGCCAUUGUGGGCACCCACGAGGGCAUCCACCAGUGGACCGUGGGACAGCGAUGCCGCCUCGGCUCCUUCCUACAGCCGUACUUCGUGGCCCGCAAGGAAGCCUCCAGCAACACCAUAUAUGUGGCCGCCGGCCACGACCAUCCGGCCCUGCUCAGCACCCGCAUCCACAUCGAGGCCCCCAACUGGCUGUGCGCUCAAUCCGAGGAGAGGCUCGCCUCCACUGGCAACCUGCGCUGCCGGUUCCGCUUCCAGCACACAAAGCCGCUGGUCGACUGCUGCAUCCGCUCCCGCCCCGAUGGCCAAUUCGAGGUGCUGCUGGAUGCUCCUCUGCGCGCCAUCACCCCCGGCCAGUAUGCGGUAUUCUAUGACGAAGUGGCGUGUCUGGGCGCUGGCCGCAUCAUGAGCGCCGAUGCUCUGACCAGCCGCCAAGAGCAGCAAGAGCCAAGAUUCCAGACCAUCACCAGCUGACAAGAGUCUAAAUGGAACCAAAACCCUUGCAUGAACACACACGAAAGCCAACGGCGGCGGGCCCACGAAUGCUCAUAAUGGAAUUAACCAAAAUGGCUUCAGUUGGGACAAGAUUGUUGACAAUUUUUAAGUGUUUGAUUUGUUAACUAUUCCGUAAGAAAAGACCAAAGUGUUUCCACGCCAAAACUCACUUGAAGUUGCUAUAUUCUUCCAUUAAAAUCAAUCAAUACGAUUACGUUACGAACUGCUA